CAUCCUGCGCUGUUCUCCGAGAGACCAUCUGAAACUAAAAAGCGACUCGCAAAACUUUCUGUCGGCUAAGGCGUUUAGGAAGGUGGCUAAAAAAGCUGUCUUGACUUCCAGCGCGGUUUUAUAAGUGACGGAACCGUGUUUUCAGAACAUAGAUGCAACUUAAACCGCAGUAACAAGUUGUUCGCUUCAUCGAAACAUCAGCAGAAAUCAUGACGGCGGAGCAGCAUCAGCUGAAUUUGGACUACGGUGACUUUGACAUGAGGUUUGAUGUGAAAAAGGAGGCUGCAGCUUUGGCACCGGACCGCUCUUUUAUCCAGCAGUGCGGUGUACACGUGCCAGGCUCCGUGUCCAGCACACCCAUGAGCACCCCUUGCAGCUCCGUGCCUUCAUCCCCGAGCUUCAGCCCAAGCGGACAGAGAAGCGGUGCUGAAGAACUCUACUGGACCCUGAGCACGGGGGCUUAUCCGCAGCACGCAGAUCCCCACUGCCUUGAACUGACACCCGAGGAUGUCCGGGAAGCCUUAAGUGCCAAUCUCAUGCAUGCACACCCGUCUCAGCUCCACCAGGCAGACAUGGAGCAUGGAUACAGGAGCAUCGGUCAGUUCCACGCACCAAACAUGCAUCAAUACCAUAAGCAGCAGUUCACCGAACUCGGCCACAAUCCCGACUUCGCGCACGACAAAAGCGUGGAUCAGUUAAUGCAUCAUCUCGACUGUGCCCCUCAAGGCGCGACGCACCUCAAGUCGCAUAAUAUCCACCAGCAGACGCACCACAGACGCGGCGAGCGCGCGGAGAGCCGCUUCUCCGACCAGCAGCUGGUGUCCAUGUCUGUGCGCGAGCUCAACCGACACCUCCGCGGCAUGAGCAAGGACGAUAUUAUCCGGCUGAAGCAGAAACGACGUACCUUGAAAAACCGCGGGUACGCUCAGUCGUGUCGACACAAACGCGUUCAGCAGAAACACGUACUGGAGAACGAGAAGACGAGCCUAGCGACUCAGGUGGAGCAGCUGAAGCACGAGCUCAACAGGCUGGUGCGCGAGAGGGACGCGUACAAACUCAAAUGCGAGAGGCUAGUUGUCGGAAUGAACUGCCAGAGUAAUGGACCCUCUUGUGAAAAUCCAUCAUCGCCUAAAUUUUUGCGAUAGUUCUGCAUAUAUUUAAUGUUGAUAAAGUUUCUCUUUAAUAAUAUUAAAAAAGAGCUUAAGAGUGUUUGCUGCUCUGACAGCAAACCAGACUUCUUUUAGGUGUUUUUGUCAGCAGAGGAGAAAGUUUUCAUUCUGUUAUUUAGUAUUUUAGCCUAUAUUUUCACUCAACUUUAUCUCUGACAUGUCAAGCUGGUUUUGAUAAUGUAUCUUUUAUCUUCUAGUUUUCACAACAGUCAGUCAUCUCAGCUAUGCAAAUGACAUGUGACCUUUUUGGCCAUGGACGCAUUUCGUUUGUUUGUUUGAACAUUUUGAUUUCUCUUUAAUUUGUUUCAUGAAUCAGUUGUAUUAUUUGUUCCUUGAAGAGUAUACGGUUGUGAUUUGCAUUUCAUUGUUACCUCCAGAAUAAAUUUUUAAAGAAAAAAAAAA